ACUUUUCAACAAACACCAUCCCUCUCUCCCUCUCUCUCACUGUAUUCCAUUUCCAAGUUACCUCAGACCGCUCUCUCCUUUCUCUCUACCUUGCCAGGCUCCGCCGAUAUGUUUGGCGGAAAUAAAUUUCCCGUGAAAUAUAAGGGGAACCGAGUCCUGAGAUCCGACCCGGAUUCCACACUUUCCGGUAACUCCGUUUGGAUUGCGGGAAAUCAGCCAAGAAUAUAUUCCGUAAAAGCAAUAUAGCUCGGCGGUGUCACCAGAAGUCUGAAUCUUAUACAGACGAUGCGCGUGUUUCCAUAAUCGACUCACUUGAGCUGAGAUUGCGGUAAAUGUGAAAAUACUUGUCCAUCAAAGUUGCAUCAAUGGAAUUUUCUUUUUUCUGAGUAUACUUUAUUUGUUAUAUUGAUGGAAAGAAUAAACACAUGGAGACCGACUGCGUGCAAAGCUCGGUUUUUGUUUUCGGAGUACUGGGACAAGAUUUAGAAACUGUGGUAUAGAAGAAGUUUUUGGGAACCGUUUGCCAAGAUUUAAUUUUGUUUGAGAAAGUAGCUUUCUUUUGUUGGGGGGUAUAGUGGAGAUUUGCUUUUAAUAUAACAAACAAAGCUUGCUAGGAUUAUUUCUGUGGAGGAAGCGGAGGGGAGGAGGGAGGUGACUGCUAUUUCGGACAUGAGUUCAUGGGGAGGAGUGAAUGAUGGUCGACCCAGAUUUGGACCAAGUGAUUUGCUUCUCCCGGGCCUUGUUGAUGAUGUCGCAUUGAAUUGCCUUGCUCUGGCAAGUAGAUCGGACUACACAUCCUUAUCUUGUAUUAAUACAAAGUUUAAUGGUAUAAUUAAAAGUGGGUGUUUAUAUGGGUUGAGAAAGCAGAUGGGGAUUGUGGAGCACUGGGUAUAUUUACUUUGUGAUCCAAGAGGGUGGGAAGUGUUUGAUUCUGUGAGAAAGAAAUGGAUGACGUUGCCUAGAAUGCCUUGCGAUGAGUGUUUCAACCAUGCCGAUAAGGAGUCCUUGGCUGUGGGUAGUGAAUUGUUGGUUUUUGGUCGUGAGUUCUUGGAUUUUGCUAUUUGGAAGUAUAGUUUGAUUUGUCACAGCUGGGUCAAGUGCCAAGGGAUGAACCGCCCUCGCUGUUUGUUCGGGUCAAGUAGCCUUGGUUCAAUUUCUGUUGUUGCAGGAGGGACUGAUAAACACGGCAAUGUUUUGCAAUCUGCUGAAUUAUAUGACUCUUCAUCUGGUACAUGGGAAAUGUUACCCAGUAUGCACACACCACGUAGAUUGUGCUCUGGUUUUUUUAUGGAUGGCAAAUUCUACGUGAUUGGUGGGAUGUUAAAUCCUGCUGUUCCAUUGACCUGUGGGGAGGAGUAUGAUCUUCAGACAAAGAAAUGGAGGAAAAUCGAGGAUAUGUAUCCAUUUGCCAAUGGGGCUAGUCAGGCUCCUCCUCUUGUGGCAGUUGUGGAUAACCAGUUGUAUGCAAUCGAGCAUUCGACCAACAUGGUGAAGAAGUACGACAAAGUGAAGAAGACCUGGGAUGUGUUGGGAAGGCUUCCAGUGAGGGCUGAUUUAGCAAAUGGCUGGGGCCUUGCUUUCAAGGCCUGUGGAGAGGAGCUUCUGGUUGUGGGCGGCCAAAGAGGCCCAGAGGGUGAAGGAAUUGUGCUGAACUCUUGGUGUCCCAAAUCAGGGGUCAAUAAUGGAACCUUGGACUGGAAGGUUCUGGGUGUGAAGGAGCAUGUUGGUGUGUUUGUGUACAACUGUGCUGUUAUGGGUUGUUAAAGAUGUCUUGGAUUGACUGAAAGGGAAGUACCAUAUCUGCGAUUCAAUCAGGCUUUUCAGGGUGCUUCUAUGUGCAUUUAUCAUAUUGACUAGAAUUAAUUGUCAUCAAGAUAGCUUUAAAAUUAGGUUUUCUUUUCUUAACAUGCCUGUAUUCUGACAGGUUUCUGCUUUUACAUUUCUGCAUUUUAUUUUCUUUUGGGAGGCACUAAGUAGAGUCACUUUGUGAUCUUUGUUUGCUGUCCUAACUUUCAAAGUUCAUCCACAGCCAACUUAUUUAUACCAAUAAAUUGAAAAGCCUUUUUACAGAAUUA